CCUCAGCUGGCACUCGCAGAUAAUGAUGGCACACAAGCAGCAGCCGCUCUACCUGCACCUGGCUGAGCUCACCGCAUCCCAAUUCCUGGAUAUCUGGAAGCAUUAUGACUCUGACGGAAAUGGCUUCAUCGAAGGGAAAGAGCUGGAGAAUUUUUUCCAGGAAUUGGAGGCAGCGCGGCGAGGAGCCGGAAUGGAAGGAUCCACCAUUAAUAUUGGAGAGAAGUUGAAAGAAUUUAUGCAAAAGUAUGACAAAAAUGCAGAUGGGCGCAUAGAGAUGGCAGAGUUGGCUCAGAUUCUCCCGACUGAGGAAAAUUUUCUUCUCUGCUUCCGUCAGCAUGCCGGUUCCAGCACAGAGUUCAUGGAGGCAUGGAGAAAAUACGACACAGACAGAAGUGGCUACAUAGAGGCUAAUGAGCUGAAGGGGUUCCUCUGCGACCUCCUGAAGAAAGCCAAUCGACCAUUCGAUGAGAAGAAGCUGCAGGAGUACACACAGACCAUUCUGCGCAUGUUUGACUUGAAUGGUGAUGGGAAGCUCUGCCUUUCAGAGAUGUCCAGGCUGCUUCCUGUACAGGAGAACUUUCUACUGAAGUUUCAGGGAAUGAAGUUGAGCUGUGAUGAGUUUAAUGCAAUAUUCAACUUCUAUGACAAGGACCGGAAUGGCUUCAUUGAUGAGAAUGAAUUGGACGCUUUACUGAAAGACUUCUUUGAGAAAAGUAAAAAGGAGGUGAAUAUUCAGAACCUGACCGGAUACCGCCAGAGCAUCAUGUCGCUGUGUGACGGGGGACGCCUCUACCGCAAGGAGCUGGAGAUUGUACUCUGCAAUGACUCAUCCCCCUUCAAGUAACUGAGGGGCCCCAACUCUACUCAACACACUGCACUGAGACCCUUUUCCCUGCCCCCACCCCACCACUGUCCAGAGACCAGGGAGAGAGACUAAAACCCUGCCCAGAGACCAAGGAGAGUACCACCACUGAGAGAGAGUUCCUUUGAUUAUGAGAAACCAGGGAGAGAGAGAGUACACCCAUUGAGAGAGAGUACCAUCCCAGAGAGAGAUUCUGGGGAGGGAGAGUUCCACCACUGAGAGAGACUGGGAAGAGAGAGUACUACCCUAAGAAAGAUAUUGGGGGGGAGUACCACCCUAUGAAAGAUACUGUGGAGACAGUACCCCCUAGCAGGGACACUGGGGGGGAGUACCACCCUGUGAGAGAUACCAGGGAGAGAGUACAACCCAAUGAGAGAUACUGGGUAGAGAGUACCAACCUGUGAGCGUUACUGGUAAUGAGUACCACCAUAUGAGAGAGACCAGGAAGACAGAAAUACCAGGGAGCGAGUGCCACUGUAUGAGAAAUACUGGGGAGAGAGUACCACCCAAGGAGAGAUAUCAGGGAGAGAGUACUACCAUAUGAGACUUACCGGAGGAGAGAGUACAAACCUAUGAAAAAUACUAGGGAGAGAGUACAGCCAUAUGAGAAAAACCGGGUAGAGAGUACCACCACUGGGGGAGAGUCCAAGGGAGAGAGCACCACUACGGAAACGCUUACUACUUCUAAGAGAGGCCAAGAUGAAGGAGUAUCAGAACUGUGGGUAGAGGGAGUACCACUGCGUAAGAGGAAGAGCUACUACCAGCACUGAGAGGCACCAUAAAGAUGGGUAUGGGACAGAAAGCACCAUAAUGUAAGAGACUGGCGAGACUGGAGAAAGUGUAUCCCCUGAGAGAGCACUGGGAGAAAGUUCAAAGAUGACCACUACACCUGAUGGAGAACUGGUAGGAGUGCCACCCCUGUGGGAGAGCGCGUAUCACCACUGAGGAACAGAGUGGUAAUACCACUUAGAGAAAACUGAGAGGAGUACCACCAGUGUGGGAGACAAUUGAUGAGUACCACUCCUGAAGGAGAGAGAACUAUUACCGAGGGAGACUUGGAAGGAGUAAAAAAACAAGGAGCAAUACCAACACUGAGAGAUAAAGAUCAGGAAGGAAUAGCACCCCGGACUCUGAAGGAAACCAAACAAGAGUGCCACCUAUAUGAGGGAGAGUGCCACCACUGAGGGAGUGCAGGGAGGAGUACCACCCAUAAGGGACAGCGAGAGUACCAACACUGAUGGAGAUUUGAGUAUCCCCUUGAGGGAAAGAGACUACCACCACUGUCGUAGAUCUUAGAGGAGUGCCACCACUGAGGGGGGCCAGGGAAGAGUACCAUCACUGAGGGGGGCUAGGGAUGGGUACCACCACAGAAGGAGAGUGUACCAUCUCUAAGGUAGACCAAGGAGGAGUACAACCCAUAAGAGAGUCAAAGAACUCCACUGUGUAAGAGCGACUAAGUACAGUUUUCCAAAUAAAUAUUUGGGAGAUGGUACCCCCACCUAAAUACCAAGGAGGGAGGAUAGUGCAGUGUUAGUCAGUGGGGAACGAUAGUGUGGAGAUAUAGAGACAUCUAGAGAGCUUUCUGCACUCUUUCUAAAAUGUGGGACUCCUGGACUCUCACUUCUGUGAUCUCGCUCAUUGGAUGGUCUCUUCCUGUCCUCACAUUGAACCAUGGAUUGUUCUGAGUUUGAGAGGGCCUGUGCCCCAUAUCAUAUAUGAAGCCUGAUAAUUAUUUACCUAUCCACCCCACAUCCUUACACUUCCACCUAUACUUGGUCUUAGAGUUCCAAAAUUGUAUUCUCAUACGUUUUAUAGAUCACUGUCAUAAGUACUUAUCACCUCUCUGGAACCCACCACCUCAUUCUCUCCAGGACCCUAUAAACCCACUUCCUCCUGUUCCUAAGCACCCUGCUUUCUACUGGAACCCACCACCCCACUCUCAACUGUACAGCAUCACCCACAUACUCAUCUCUUUCCUGAGGCUCGGCCUCCUCUGGUCUUAUUCUGCUUUAUUCUGGAACCCACCACCCCACUCUCAACUGUACAGCAUCACCCACAUACUCAUCUCUUUCCUGAGGCUCGGCCUCCUCUGGUCUUAGUUACCCUGCUUUAUUCUGGAACCUACCACCCCACUGUCUACUGGACUGUAUCACUCAAUCACCCUUCUCUUUCUUGCUCCUUGCUCUCCCCUGGUCCCCAGUACCUCAUUUUGUUUGGAACCUACCACCCCUCUCUCCCCGCUCCUCAGCACCCUGUUUCUGAUGGAACCCCCAGCACCCUCUACCAUGAACCCUACUCUGUGCACCCCUCGAUCCUCCAGACAGUGCUCUCUCCAGACCCCUCUGGUCCCUGGUCCUUGCCCUGUGUCUCUCUCCCUGACACCUGCUGCCGCUGUCCUGAGUUUAGGAAAGGUCUCUGUUAUAUUUGGGGUUUCUGCAGAGUGAUCCCCACUUCUCGUUUUCUUUCUGGGUUUUGCUUGUUUCCUGCUUACCAAAGAAUGAAUAAAACGGCAGAUCCUGA